UGGAUUGGUUAGGUAAGAGAUCAAUCCCGAACUCGUCGGCCUCAGAGUUUUCAUCCCUCGUCUUCUCAAUGUAACCUGCUAUAAAGUCCCCAUAUUUGCUAAUUGAAUCGCUUCUCCCCUUUACUCUGUCUGCCCUGCCCAUUGCAAACUCCCUUCUCCUCGUGGUUCUCGUGCUGCUCGUGCUGGCGGAACCCCUCGCCUGAAACAUACCACCAUGGCCACCACUACUCACAUUGCCGCUUCCGACGUGAACGAAUAUGACUUUAUUAUUGUAGGAGGCGGCACCGCCGGCUGCGUUGUGGCAAGCCGUCUGUCCGAGUAUAUGCCCCAGAAGAAAGUCCUGUUGAUUGAGGCUGGUCCCAGCGACUAUAUGGACGAUCGUGUUCUGCUGUUGAAGGAUUGGCUCAAUCUGCUUGGCGGAGAGCUGGACUACGACUAUCCCACCACCGAACAGCCCAUGGGCAAUUCGCACAUCCGGCAUUCCAGAGCAAAAGUCCUGGGUGGCUGCUCCUCGCAUAACACGCUCAUCUCCUUCCGGCCGUUCGAGUACGACUGCAAGCGGUGGGAAGCCCAGGGUUGCACGGGCUGGAGCUUCAAGAACUUCACUCGUCUCCUCGACAAUCUCCGCAACACCAUCCAGCCCGUCCAUGAGCGCCAUCGCAACCAGCUCUGCAGAGACUGGGUCGAGUCUUGCUCGUCUGCACUUGACAUCCCCGUGAUCCACGACUUCAAUCACCAGAUCAGAAAUACCGGCUCGCUAAAGCAGGGCGUCGGUUUCUUCUCCGUCUCUUACAACCCCGACGAUGGUCGACGUAGCAGUGCCAGUGUCGCCUAUAUCCAUCCCAUUCUGCGUGGCUCCGAGAGGCGUCCAAACCUGACCAUCCUGACCAACGCAUGGGUCUCAAAGGUAAAUGUCCAGGGCGACAAAGCCACAGGUGUAGACGUAGCCCUUCAAAACGGCGAGAAGUACACUCUGAAAGCCAAAGCCGAAACCGUGCUGUGUGCCGGAGCCGUCGACACGCCCCGUCUGAUGCUGCUGUCUGGUCUCGGCCCCAAGCAGCAACUCGAGCAGCUCAGCAUCCCCGUCGUUAAAGACAUCCCCGGUGUCGGCGAGAACCUGCUCGACCACCCGGAGACCAUCAUCCUCUGGGAGCUGAACAAGCCCGUGCCCGCAAACCAGACCACCAUGGACUCCGACGCCGGCAUCUUCCUCCGCCGCGAGCCCGCAAACGCCGCCGGCGACGACGGCGACAUUGCCGACGUCAUGAUGCACUGCUAUCAAAUCCCCUUCUGCCUAAACACGGCAAGACUCGGCUACGACUCCCCCAUCGACGCAUUCUGCAUGACGCCCAACAUCCCCCGCCCCCGCUCCCGCGGCAGACUCUACCUCACCUCCUCCGACCCCACCACCAAGCCCGCGCUCGACUUCCGCUACUUCACCGACCCAGAAGGCUACGACGCCGCAACCAUCGUAGCCGGCUUCAAAGCCGCCCGCAAAGUCGCCGCCCAAGAGCCCUUCAAAUCCUGGCUCAAGCGCGAGGUCGCGCCCGGUCCAGACGUACAGUCGGACGAGCAGCUCUCCGAGUACGGGCGGCGCGUCGCACACACCGUCUACCACCCGGCCGGCACGACGAAGAUGGGCAAUGUGCAGGCGGAUGGGAAGGUGGUGGUGGAUGCGCAGUUGAGGGUGCGGGGCCUCGCGGGCCUGCGUGUUGCGGAUGCGGGCGUGUUUCCGGAUAUGCCGACUAUUAAUCCUAUGCUUACUGUGCUGGCGGUUGGUGAGCGGGCGGCGGAGUUGAUUGCGGAGACGUGGGGGUGGAAGGGCAUGCAGAGGGAGCGGUUGUAGAUAUAUAUGUAUGUGAUGUGACGGGACGGGACGGGACGGCACAGCACGGCACGCGGCGAUGAUAUAAGGUAUGUUCUGGGUGAACGGUUUGUAUCAGCAAUGUUUUUCUAUGUUACAAGUGGUUUUGGCUAGAACG